CUUACUCCCUUCGACAGGGAAAUCUGGUCGCGGGCGCGUUCCUGCGUCUGUGUUGUGUCGAACUUUGGUACGUGCGCCCUGGCCGGCAAGCUCGCGCAUGCGCCUUUAGCUGUAGCCUGGCUCGGUUCUGUGGAAAGGGUUUAGGCAGGACGGGAGUAGUAGCUGUUGUACCGUGAGGGGAAGGGCGGCGCUCGGCGGCAGUUUCCUCUUUCGGAGGCCCCCAGUGGCUGAGGUGGACGGAGCCGGGCCGAGGCAGCGGGAUGGUCAUGGCGUACUUCGUGGAAAGUUUCUGGGCGAUCUAACAGGAUAUCGUGGUCGACAGUAUCAAAAGCCACUGAGAGAUCCUGGAGGACAAGAAAGGGGGAAAGAAACAAUGGCUUUGAUGUCCUCUAUCAUAAUAUGAAACAUGGACAUGUAUCUACAAAAGAACUAGCAGAUUUCAUAAGAGAAAGGGCUACAAUAGAAGAGGCAUAUUCAAGAUCAAUGACAAAGCUAGCCAAAUCAGCAAGCAAUUACUCACAGCUUGGGACAUUUGCACCAGUUUGGGAUGUUUUUAAGUCAUCAUCAGAAAAAUUAGCAAGCUGUCACUUAGAGCUUGUUCGGAAGUUGCAAGAACUAAUAAAAGAAGUGCAGAAGUAUGGAGAUGAACAAAUAAAAGCUCAUAAAAAGACUAAAGAAGAAGUUUCAGGAACUUUGGAAGCAAUGCAAAACAUUCAGAGUAUUACCCAGGCCCUUCAAAAAGCAAAAGAAAACUACAAUUCAAAGUGUGUGGAACAGGAGCGUUUAAAAAAGGAAGGUGCAACACAGAGAGAAAUAGACAAGGCAGCAGUAAAAUCUAAGAAAGCUACAGAUACAUACAAACUAUAUGUAGAAAAGUAUGCUGCAGCAAAAUCUGAUUUUGAACAAAAAAUGACUGAAACUGCACAGAAAUUUCAAGAUAUUGAAGAAAUGCAUCUCUUCCACAUGAAAGAGAUUGUAGAGUGCUUUUCAAAUACAGUAAAAGAAGUUCACUUACAAAUUGGUGAGGUCCAUGAAGAGUUUAUAAAUAACAUGGCAAACACAUCAGUUGAAAGUUUGAUCCAAAAAUUUGCUGAGUCAAAAGGCACAGGCAAGGAGAGACCAGGACUUAUUGAAUUUGAAGAAUGUAAUACAGCCAGUGCAGUUGAAGGGAUAAAGCCUAGAAAAAGAAAGCAUUUUGGUUUACCAGGGAUUAUUAAGAAAGAAAAAGAUGCAGAAUCUGUGGAAUGUCCAGAUGCCGAUUCAGUUAACAUUCCAGAUGUUGAUGAUGAAGGGUAUAGCAUUAAACCAGAAGCUAGUCAGAAUACCAAAGAGAACCACUUCUAUUCUUCAAGUGAUUCUGACUCUGAAGAUGAUGAACCGAGGAAGUUCCAUGUGGAAAUCAAGCCUGUACAGCCUAACAGUAGUUCUCAUUAUGCCAUGCCUUCACUGGAUGAAUUAAAAGAAUCAAUAGGGAACAUCACACUUUCACCAGCUAUAUCUAGACAUAGUCCUGCACAAAUGAACCGGAAUUCAUCCAGUGAAGAAUUAACAAAAUCAAAGCUUUCUGCUUCAUCUAAUGAGAAGGGGAACAAUGAUCUCCUGGCAUGGGAUCCACUCUUUAGGAAUUCUGGUGAUUCAUCCUCCCUGACUUCAACAUUGUCUUCAUCCUCAUCAGCAAGACCGACCACCCCUCUUUCUGUAGGGACCUUAGUGCCUCCCCCAAGACCAGCUUCCAGACCAAAGUUGACUACAGGGAAACUCAGUGGAAUUAAUGAAAUUCCAAGGCCAUUCAGCCCUCCUUUGACCUCCAAUUCCAGCCCACCUCCUUCAGCUCCUUUGGCACGCGCAGAGAGUUCUUCCUCAAUAUCGUCAUCUGCUUCAUUAAGUGCAGCAAAUACACCCACAGUUGGUAUUUCACGUGGUCCUAGUCCUGUCAGCCUUGGAAACCAGGAUACGUUGCCUGUUGCAGUGGCUCUUACUGAGUCUGUUAAUGCCUACUUCAAAGGAGCCGAUCCCACAAAAUGUAUUGUGAAAAUCACUGGUGAUAUGACAGUCUCAUUCCCAAGUGGGAUUAUUAAAGUCUUCACCAGCAAUCCAUCUCCAGCUGUGCUCUGCUUCAGGGUAAAAAACACAAGCAAACUAGAGCAGGUUCUUCCAAAUGCACAACUUAUAUACAGUGAUCCAUCACAAAGUGACUCCAAUAUAAGGGAUUUUUGGAUGGACAUGCAAGCUGUUACAGUCUACCUCAAAAAGCUAUCAGAGCAGAAUCCUUCUGCCUCUUACUAUAAUGUAGAUGUUCUAAAGUAUCAGGUAUCUUCAAAUGGCAUCCAGUCUACACCUCUGAAUCUUGCCACUUACUGGAAGUGCGAUAUUAACACUACUGAUGUAAGAGUUGAUUACAAGUACAACCCGGCCUCUAUGGCAGUGCCAACUGUGCUGUCUAAUAUACAGGUCAUGGUACCAGUUGAUGGAGGCGUAAUGAAUAUGCAAUCACUUCCACCAGCAAAAUGGAAUUCAGAACAGAUGAAAGCUUUUUGGAAAUUACAUAGUAUUUCAGAAAAAUCAGAAAAUGGAGGCUCUGGCUCCCUGAGGGCCAAAUUUGAUCUUUCAGAAGGACCCAGUAAGCCAGCAACACUUGCAGUGCAAUUCAUCAGUGAGGGAAGCACUCUUUCAGGAGUAGACGUUGAACUAGUAGGCACUGGCUAUCGGCUUUCCCUAAUUAAGAAGAGGUUUGCUACUGGACGAUAUAUGGCAGAUUGCUGAUGAGUGUGCAGGGGAGAAUCAGUUCUCUCAAUGAAUAGAAAUUCACUAUUUUACUUCCUUUCCAACACUAUUUUAACAUGCAUUAAUUUUUGAAAAUACGUUGCUUAAUUUUUGGAGUCUUAUAUCGAACAAAAAUGCACUUUUAAAAAUAAGUCAUUGAAAACAAACUCUGUAUUUUAUAAUAGCACUGAAAUGAACACCCAACACUAUCUGUAGAUCAACUGAAAUAUUGGGAAACAAAAUUAUUCAAAUAUUUAAUACUUAUGUAGCCUCAGAGCCAAAAUAGCAAUCUUUUCUAGUAUUUAAAGUGUGUGGUGCUUUGUGACACCUUAAACAACCACAACAUAUUUUAGCUUUCUAUAAAUAUUACUAAAGUAUAUUUUUUCAGUUUCAUUAUUGCCAUUCCAUUAAAGUGGCAAAGCAAUUUUUGUUUCAUUCUUGUAUAUUCAUGUGCCAUAUCUUGUUAGAGAUAUGUAUACAAAAUAACUUGAUUUUCAUAUACCAUAUAUAAUUAAGUGUAUAUUGUUUUAUAAAAGAUGGUUUUAAAAAUGUAAAGUGCAAUGUUUUUUAAAAAUUGCAACAGACAACAGAUAUUUACUUCUGCCAUUAGUUAUCUUUAUGGGAGUUGCAAUUUUUUAAUUAAUGCUGUAGAUUAAUUUAUUUUUAUAUGGAAUGUGUAACAUUUGUGCCUUUUUAAAAUUGUGCCUGUCAAAAUGUCUAUGUGCCUCUCGUUUCUUUUUCAAUUUCUAGAUCUUCCACAAAGAACACUUGAUGUUUUUCCGUGUUAUAUGUACAUCUGUGUAAUUCCCAUGGCAGGGAUUUAGAAGGGAAACGUAAAAUAACUAUAAAAUGGCCUUUAAAAUAUUACACGGAUUCCUAGUGGGUUAAUUGCAAUAAAUGCAGCCACUGUAAAGGGAACUGCUUGACUUUGAUACAUUCAGAGAAAAACAACUUGUUAUCAAAAUUUCAGUAUCACCAAAGAUUUGUAAAAUCCUGAAGAUGUAUUAAAUGAUUUUAAAGCAAUUUAUACAAGAAUAAUUGUAGCAUUCCCUUUUGCUGACUAUAAAGUUUCAAGUGCUUUCAGACCGGCAUGAAUGUAAAUGCUGUACCUUGUGAGGAGUAACAUUCUUUUAAAGAUUUAUUUUGAGCAGAACAAAAAUGGACAUUCAUGUUAAAUUUCAACAAAACUGAUAAACUAAGUAUUUGAAUCUUGGAUUUGCCAUAUUUUAAACACAGUGGCUCUGAACAACAGAAAUAACAUAUUAGGUUAAUUUUUAGCAUAAAUUACUACUUUAGAGCUUAUAUAUUAUGCUGUCAAGACCUUAUUAAAUGCUGAAAUAAAAAGUCAUAGAGGUAUGGAAUUUUACAUACCUCUGAACUAGUGUGUGGGGGGAAAUAGUUAAAUAUAGAAAUACUUGUAAAAUAAUUAAUGGAUUCAUCAGUCAACUUUAUGUUAACCUACUAUAAAGGCUGCAACUAAUGACAGGUACAUAUGUUGAUGCAUAUGUUGUGUUGAUUUCAAAUAAAUUUAUACUGAGCCAAAUACGCUCCCCUCCCUCUACCCCCUCUUUUGUCCCCUGCAAAAGGGAAGACAGUGUGGCAAUUUGGGGGAGCUAGGAAAAAAUGAAGAACUUCUGGUUGGAAGGUUGGCUUACAUUACAAAGUGGCCGAAAAAGAAAUGCUUUGGUACCAUUUCAUGGCUUGGCUGCUCUCAACAGCCCAGUAGCAUUCCUUUUGUAAUUAGGGACAGAAUGUUCCAUAAAAAUGAUGCUAUGUAAUGCUUAGCGUUAUUCCCAGAAGCACCCUUUGAAGGAAAGAAAAGGUGGCUGUCACCAUUAGCCAAUGAUGUAGAAUAGUUCCCAUGGGGCAUUCUGUUCCUAAUUUCAAAGGGAAUGUUGCUGAAGGCAGCCAAGCCACAACUUGAAGAGGCAGUAAAUAUUUUUUCCUUUUUAAAAAGACUGCCACCUUGUCUUAAAGGUAAUCCUACCCCACACUCCAAGGUUCUUUGAUUUCAUCCAUUCUCUGAAGACUGGGUUAAUCUUAGGUGGGAGCCCCUCCCCCUCAAACAAAUGCUGAAAAAAUCUGGGCUGACUAUUUCAGCCUAGCCCUAAUUUAUACACUCAUAACUGAACGUAGGAUUGCAGUCAAAAGAUGUAUAUUGAAUUAGUUUACAUUUUAAUGUUUUCAUUGUUUUAUCAAAUCGUAACUGGGAUUUCAUUGGAGCAGUAUAUACUGGAUUUUCAUAUUCUAAAAUGUAAGUCUUUACUGAAUAUUACUAGAAUUUUAAUUAAAAUAAUUGGCAUUUCAAAUGGUACAGCCUUUUACUGGAAUCUUAAUUCUAAUCUGCUAAUACAAUCAAAACUGUUGAAUUUCAAUAGUAAGGCAUUAAUCUAUUUUACUCUAUUUUUAAUCAUGUACUGUUUCUAAAUUAGUGAAAAAGCUAUUUCAGCACUUUUAAUCUAGCCUUAAUGCCAAGUGUUCUCAAACAUAUCAUUCACAAAGGGUGCAGGUUACAAUUUUGAAGCCAUACAAGUUUAUAUAGAAAUUUUGUAAAGAAAUCUAGAAAUUGUAUAAAAAUACAGAUAUCUGAAAAAUUGCAGGUAGCAAGCUGGAUCUUGCUUCUUUAUAAAAGUGGUCAAUUUUGUAGCUGCCUCUUGAGGAAUUUGUAAACACAACUCUAAAGGGUCUUUGGUUUCUAUGAAUUGUAAAUUAGAGCAAUAUAAAUCUUUUAGAAAAAAUGUAAAUACAUUUGAUCUUUCACAAAAUGUAAAAAUAUUGCACCCCAUAAUAAACACGUAAUAUAUAACUUAUAAA